UAACCAAUUCACACACCGUUCAAUUGUCCGUGUUGUUUACGGCCGCGCCGCGAGUGCAAUUCGUACCAUUUUUUUUUCAACCGUGCAUUGAUGUUAAAUAUUGUUUUGCACGCCCGGGUACUGUGUACGACGACGACGUUUCCGCUGUUAAAAAAAGUGCCGCGUCCCGCGUUAUUAUAAUUACAAUAUCACCUGCCUAUCUACUUGGUUUAAUAAUCUUAUUAUUGUAAUAAUAAUACACGGUAGGCACUAUUGCUCGGCGGCGGCGGUAGUUGUAGUAGUAAUAGCGGUAGUAGUGGAGGCGCAUUUGGGUUAGACAUCAGCGGGAAGCAUCCAUUUUAUCAUCGACGAAUUUCUUCAUGUUUCACAAUGAGUGAUUAUUCAGCGGUGAAUCCGCCAACGGAAAAAAUUCAGAGUCAAGCAUUCGCCGCGGCAUUGCAACGCGCUAAAGAGAUCGCAGCUAAAAUUCAACCGUCUUCAAAAGCCAGUUCAACUACAGGAUCUAUUUCUCCAGAAGUACACAAAAGACCAUUAGACGAUUACAGUAGCCAAUCAGAGCCUGAUAGGAAAAGAUUAGCGACAUCUCCGGUGGCUUUAGCCGCCGCACAAGCAGCAGCCGUGGCCGCCAGAGUGGCAGCAGCAGCAGCAGCUGGCAUCCAAGGCAUCGGUGGGCCUGGAUCCCAAUUUAGCAACGUUAUUAAUGAAGAGAUAAAAGUACCUGACAAGAUGGUCGGCCUCAUUAUAGGCCGCGGUGGAGGACAGAUCAGUAGAUUACAAGCAGAAACCGGAUGUAAAAUACAAAUGGCCCCCGAUUGUCCUGGCUUGUUAGAACGAUCUUGUACUCUCACCGGAAACGCCCAAAGCAUAACUUUGGCUAAAGAACUGAUUCAAAAUAUAGUUCAAAACAAAGUGUCUGUUGAAGGAACGGGAGGAGCGAAAAUUGAAGGCAUUAAUAUAUCUUCUCCGCCUUCUCAACCAGCCUUUUCACAGGCCCAAAUAAUGAUUCCCGGAGCCAAAGUAGGGCUUAUUAUAGGCAAAGGGGGAGAGACCAUAAAAAUGUUACAAGAAAGUUCUGGAGCCAAAAUGAUAGUCAUACAGGAUGGCCCAAACAGUCAAGAAAGUGAAAAACCCCUAAGGAUAUCUGGUGAAACGUCUAAAGUAGAGCACGCAAAGAAAUUAGUAUAUGAUAUGCUCGGCGGGCUUAAUGACAAAGAUGGAGGAUCGUCCAAUUUCGAUCAAAAUGGAUCAAACUGGAAUGGUUCAAAUAAUGGUGAUUAUGGUAACCAUUCUGGUUAUGGAGGUAAAGUAGAGGUUGGAGUUCCAAAACAAGUAGUAGGAUUAGUCAUUGGUAAAGGAGGUGACAUGAUAAAAAAAAUUCAGUCUGAAACCGGAGCUAAAGUGCAGUUCAUCAAUCUUAAUGAAGAUACUCCAGAUGACCGAAGAUGCCUAAUAACCGGUGCCCCUGAUCAGGUGGCCGAAGCUAAACAAAGAAUUGACGCAUUAGUCGAUAGUGCCUUGAACCGCGGCGGUGGCAAUAGACAAAGUGGUGGAAAUUUCAACCGAAGUCAAAAUUGGGGCAAUAGCGGUCAAACUCAACCACUAAACGAAACUACGUUUACUGUACCUUCGGCAAAAUGCGGAGUUAUCAUUGGAAAAGGUGGUGAAACCAUAAAACAAAUCAACAUGCAAACUGGUGCGCAUUGUGAAAUCGAUAGAAGGCAAAACAACGCUGGCAAUGAAAAAACCUUUGUAAUACGAGGAACAACUGAGCAGAUUGAAAACGCGAAACGCAUGAUAAAUGAAAAAUUAGGAUUCCAGGAUCCCAGUGGUGGUUCUCAGAACUAUGGUGGUAUGGGUCAACCAUAUGGUUCUCAAAUGAGCUGGGGUGGACAAGAUGGUCAAAUGAAUGCUUACGGUCAGUCGUGGAAUCCAGCAAUGCAACAACAAGCACAACCGCCAGCAGAUCAGAGCAAUUUAAGUCAAAUGCCAGCUGCUGCCGGAGCUCAAGGCGGUUCAGAUUUCAGUGCUCAAUGGAUACAAUAUUAUCGAUCGAUGGGCAUGCAUAGGGAAGCGGAAUUCAUUGAACAACAAGCCAAACAAAUGAAAUUCAAUGGUCAAAUGAAUGGAGCUAAUGGUGUUCCACCAGGAAAUGUUCAACAGCAGCAACAGCAACAACAACAACCAGGAGCUCUUCCUCCGAAUGGUGUAAUGGCUGUCAAUCCUGUUGCGACAAAUGGCGCUGCAGGUGGUGCUGGUGCAGGGCCUGCUGUAGCUGGAGCUGGUACUCCUGACUAUAGUGCACAGUGGAUUGAGUACUAUCGAUCAAUUGGUAAAGUCAAGGAAGCUGAAAUGGUUGAACAACAAGUUAAAGCUAGACAAAUGGCCAUGCAAAAUCCAUCCAACGGCCAACCACCCGGCGGGACCGAUCAAUCACCUCAACAACAGCCCAAUACCUCUAGCCCGCAAUCCGGGCAACAGCAGCCAUUGACCGAUGUGUCAAGUAUGUACGGCGCUCAGUAUGGUAUGGCAUACGGUGCAGGCAACUAUUACGGUGGUCAGAAUCCUGCAGCUGCGCCUAGCGGAUAUGGAGCGUAUCCAGCUGGUGGCAAUGCUUAUGCUGGUUACCAGCAGAUGCCGCAACAAGAUCCACCUCAGCAGUAGAGUGAGGAUGUACGUCAAAAAUAUACUAUUAAAUGUAUUAUUGCAGAACGUUCAGAUCACAAGGAUAUCUUCAUUUUGGUCAGGUCCAUUCAUAUAUAUAUAAAAAAAAAACCCAUAACAUAGUUUGUCUUCUACGCGCAUCAUUUUUUUUAUUAUUAUAAAUAUAUUUAAUUAUGUUUACCUGUGUAUAAAAUACUUAAAUUAAUAAUAUAACAUUUUGUAGUGCAAAAACUGUGGAUAAAGCAUAAUGUUUUUUCUUAAAAAGUAUAUAUAUAUAUAUAUUUAUAUAUAUAUUGGCAAUUAGCAUAUAUUUAUAUAUAUAUAGUUUAGGUAAUUCUGCCGUAUUCCGGUUUGGAGUUAUGGUUUUAUAUAUAUGGUAAUCAUGUUAUUUUUGAUUAUAUGGUUUUCUUUAUUAUUCUUAUUUAAGAUGUGUUCAUUACAUAUUUUCUCUACGCUCCAUUUAAAAAAAUUCUUGCUAUUGGAAAACAAAAAUAAAUUUUUACAUUGUGAGUUAUUUCAAUUUAACAGUUUGGAAUGGUCAAAUAUUUCAAGUUUGGAUUUGUAUAGCGUAAUAUUAAUAAACACGUUUAGUAAGCUCACACAAUUUAUUUUGCUAGACAGAUUUUUAAUUACUUUUUUUUGGCGUUAAGGACUUUUAAAAUUUAGUUAAGUAAAAUGUUUUUAUUAAUUUAAAUAUAAUUUACCAAGUUUUGUCCCAAAAUGUAUAUUUUUAAAAGCAUUUGGUGAUUUUUGUUAAUUUUUAUUUAUCUUUUUAUUACGACUGAAUAACAACGGUUAAUAAAACUUAUGUUUGUAAAAAGUAAAUAUUAUUAUCAAUAGAUUAAAUUAAAACUUAUAUUUUAUUUUUAAUUUGUUUGCUUCCAAUCAGUUACAUAUUGGACAUUCCAAGUUCUUGUUUACAUGUACAAAACUUGGUAAAUAAUGUUCAAAAGCCACACUUUAUAAUCUUAUUAUCUUAUCUUAUAUUAUAAUGAAACACAAUUGCGUUUGUUUAAUAAUAAUUAAUCUUUAGAAAAAAAAUUACAUUUAUAAAAUAAUAUAAAUUCAACCUUUCUGAUGUGUUA